AUGGCCUAUUUCCGCAUCACACUCCUCCGCAGUGCCAUCGGCCUGCCGUCAAAAACCAGCGGCGUACUGAAAGCCCUCGGUCUGCACAAGCGAAUGCGGACUGUCUAUCAUCCCGUCUCGCCGUCAGUUGCUGGACAGAUUUUCGCGGUCAAGGAACUGGUGGAUGUGCAGGAAGUGGAUCAGGCAUUGACACCGAAAGAGAUGAAGGAUUUGAGGACCCCAGACCCGGGCUAUUAUGUUGAGAAGAAGUGGGAGGACAUUGUGAAGGAGCAGAGCUCGAACUGA